UUUUUUUUUCUUUCUCUCGCUCAUAUUUCUAUUUAUUUUACUUUUUAUUUUUUUAUUUUUAGUUUUAUCUUUACUUUCCUGGUUUCAAUCCCAUUAUGACGAAAAGAUUAGCAAGUCAUGCAGGUAGCUGGUAUAGUGAUUCAAAAAGUCGAUUAAACAAGGAACUGGAACAAUAUUUGAACAAUGUGCCUACUACAACCGAAAAAGGAGUUGGUUAUCCUAUCGAUCAAGUUAGAGCCAUCAUUGCACCACACGCGGGAUAUACUUAUAGUGGACCUACAGCAGCUUAUGCUUAUAAAUGUAUUGAUGUUGGUACAAUUCGACGUGUCUUUCUAUUGGGACCUUCUCAUCAUGUCUAUUUGGAUGGAUGUGCUUUAUCGAAAUGUGAUAGUUAUGAAACACCAUUAGGCAAUUUAGAAUUAGAUAAACAAGUGAUUUCUGAUUUGUAUGAUACUGGUCAAUUCUCAUGGAUGAGCACAGAAGUGGAUGAAGAAGAACAUAGUAUUGAAAUGCAUCUUCCUUAUACAUAUAAGAUCUUUGAAGAAAAAACACAAGAUAUCAAGAUUGUACCUAUUCUUGUUGGAUCGAUUGGAUUGGUUAAGGAAAAGAUGUAUGGUCAAGUGAUAUCCAAAUAUCUUGAGGACCCAAGUAAUUUAUUCAUCAUCUCAUCGGACUUUUGUCAUUGGGGACGUCGAUUCAAUUACAAUUAUGAUAUGGGGAAAGAGAUACCGAUUCAUGAAGCGAUACGUAAAUUGGAUGAUGAAGGUAUGAAAGCCAUUGAAUCAAUGAAUGUGAAUGAUUUUUCUGAUUAUUUGAUAAGAACAAGAAAUACUAUUUGUGGACGACAUCCUAUUGCAGUAUUGAUGGCAGGAUUGGAACAUUUAAAAGAAUAUGAUAAAAAAAUAGAAUUUAUAAAAUAUGAUCAAAGUAAUCGUUGUUAUACAAUAAAAGAUAGUAGUGUUAGUUAUGCUAGUGGUUUUGUAACUAUUAUGAAGAAAUAAAAAUAAAAAAAAAGGAAUCAAUUUUAUGUCUAGUUUUCUUUAAAAUGAUUUCAAAUUGACUGAUUGUCUUAGAUCC